AUGGCCACGCGCCGCCGUCACCGCCGCCAAAACCAGCCGCCUGGUAAUAUCCCUCGAAACUGGGCUGCGGCUGCAGAUGCGCCACGGGCUAAAAGAAGAAAGACCUCGCCGUGCCAACGACAAGAAGAUAAAGUGUAUGCAGGGCCAAGCCUUCCAGAGGACAUCUGGUGUCACAUACAUUCCCUGCUGCCGCUGCGAGACGCUGCCCGAACGGCCUGCGUCUCCCACGCCUUCCGUUGGUCCUGGAGACGCCUCCCCAACCUCUCCUUCAGCAAGGACUCGCUUGGGUUGGGUAGAGAAACACACCGAAAGAAGGGGAUCUCUAAGGAUUUCACCAAAAAGGUUGACCGCAUCUUGAAGAAGCACUCCGGCACCGGCAUAAAGACGUUGGAGUUUCGCAUGGCCCCUCAUUACAAGGCGAGGAACCAUGGAAGACUCGACAGAUGGCUUCAGAUGGCUGCUACACCCGGGAUUGAGAAGGUCACCCUUUUCUUGUCCUCGAAAGAUGGCACAUAUGGGUUCCCUUGCUCGCUUCUGUCCGACGGGAAGGGAGACUCGAUCCGUCAUCUUGAGCUCGCCAAUUGUUUCUUCUGUCCCACGACUGGCCCUUGGUCCUUGAGGAACCUCACAGUAUUAGACUUGAGUUUUGUGCAUGCCACAGGGGAGGGGCUAUGGUGCCUUCUCUCCACUUCUUCAGCCUUAGAGCGAUUUUCUCUCAGGUAUUGCAGUGGCAUAAUCUGCUUGAGCAUACCUGGCUCUCUCCAACGGCUAGAAUUCCUAAAGGUGGACGGAUGCGACGAUCUGCAAGCGGUAAAGAGCAAAGCUCCCAAUCUAUCCAGGUUCAACUUUGGAGGUAACCACCGCCGGACGCAUAUCUCGCUUGGAGAAGCCCUGCGAGUGAAGGAGCUAUACAUGGACUGUUCUAGCUAUGCUUGUUGUAGUCGAGCUGAGCUGGUACCCAGCGGCACGCUAGAUGCUGAAACCGUCAUUGUGCAUCCAAUCACCAAGACCAUGGACACGCCCGCUAGAAUAUCAAGCAAAUCUACGCACCUGGAGCGUCUGUACAUCCAAGGGAUUGGUAUAACGCCGUUUUAUCUGAGCGUCAAGUACUGCGCUCUCUUUGGUGGUUCUCACUCCGUGGAGGAUUUCACCUCCUAUGUCUCCAAUCAAUUGGUGGAUCACGUCUCGUUUUACUCAAUGUUUCCUGGUGGGGAGACCAGUGGUUUGCCCAUGAAGGAGGUGAGCCAGGUUGAGGGUGCAUGCCAUAUGCUCAAAUCCUGGUUGAGCUGA